GGCCGCUAGGGGGCGAUGCAGGUCUCGCGUCGCGUUACUUUCCGCAGCAGAGGAAGUCGAGCAGCGCCGUAAACAUGGCUGAAAGUGGAGUGACAGAUGGGCUUUGCAAUACAGAUGACAUUGAACGCUCAAAGACUGAAGGCAAAGAGCUGACUAAAGAGGAGAAGCAGCGGCUGAGGAAAGAGAAGAAGCAGCAGAAGAAAAACAAAGAGAAAAACGACGAAAAGACUUCCCAUGAAGGCGAGAAGAAGAAGAACAAGAAGAAGAAAGAAGAGCAGCCCGCCGGUUCAGCUUCCCAGCCUCCAGCGCAGCCCUCGCCGAAAGCAGUGCCCGCUCCCGCUCCACCUCCUCCUGCGGCGGCAGCGGUUCCUGUGCCGGCCUCGGAAGCUCCUGCCCCGGCAGACAAGCCGGCUAAGAGCAAAGCGGACCUGAAAGCUGAGAGGAGAGCUCGGCAGGAGGCUGAGAGGGCCUCCAAGGGCAAGAAGGGAGACGUGGGGCAGCCGGCCCCCACGGGGAAGCUUAAAGCCCCGCCUAGCGAGCUGCAGCCAGUGGUGAAGAGGCUCCCAGAACAUGUCCAAGUGGACAACCCGGAGGUUGUAAAGAAACUGGCAAAGAAAUUGGAAAGACAACAGACACCAGGGUGCAAUGCUGCUGAAAAUGUCAAGAUCCCUCUCCGGUCGGACUACGGCUACAAAGUCAGCCUGUUUUCUCAUCUGCACCAGUACAGUCGCAAAGCCCCUCUAACGCAGCAGCUCGGCAUCCCCUCCACAGUGAUUCAUCCUGCUAUCGUUCGCCUGGGCCUCCAGUAUUCACAGGGCAUCGUGGCCGGAUCCAACGCUCGCUCGGUCGCCCUGCUGCACGCCUUCCAACAGGUAAUAAGAGACUAUACUACGCCUCCAAAUGAGGAGCUAUCGAGAGACUUGGUCAACAAGCUGAAGCCUUAUAUCAGUUUUUUGAAUCAGUGUCGCCCUCUGUCAGCCAGCAUGGGUAACGCCAUCAAAUACAUCAAGAAAGAGAUCUCCAAUAUUCCUAGUCAAUGCAAAGAAGAAGAGGCAAAGAUAAAACUGCUGAACUGUAUUGAGCGCUACAUCAACGAGAAGAUCGUCCUUGCUGCUAAAGCCAUUGCCAAGUACUCCAUAGAAAAGAUCAGCGAUGGAGACGUCAUCCUAGUUUACGGAUGCUCGUCGCUGGUCAACCACAUCUUGUGCGAGGCCUUCGAGAAGAAGAGGAAGUUCCGUGUGAUCGUGGUGGACAGCAGGCCGCGACUGGAGGGCCGCGAGGCCCUGAGGCGCCUUGUCCAGAAAGGCAUCAGCUGCACCUACGUCCUUAUCUCGGCUGUCUCCUACAUUCUUCCAGAGGUGUCGAAGGUGUUCCUUGGUGCUCACGCUCUGCUGGCCAACGGUUACGUCAUGUCCCGGGUGGGGACGUCACAGAUAGCUCUGGUGGCCAAAGCCUUUAACGUGCCUGUGCUGGUCUGUUGUGAGACCUACAAGUUUUGUGAGAGGGUGCAGACGGAUUCCUUUGUGUCCAAUGAACUAGAUGACCCCGAUGACCUCAUUGUGACCCGUAAAGGGAAGACCCAGCUGGAGCACUGGCAGAAGGUGCCCUCACUCGGCCUGCUCAACCUGGUGUACGACGUGACGCCGCCCGACUUCGUGGACUUGGUCAUCACCGAUCUGGGGAUGAUCCCGUGCACCUCGGUCCCCGUAGUGCUGCGGGUCAAAAACGUGGACCAGUGAACGCCCUCCUGCUCACAUCAAUCCGAGCUCAGGGUCCGUUUGGAUGCUUGCACACAACACAAAAUUUCGUGCUUUGAGCAUGCAAUAAAUAUCUAUCUGAAAUGGCUAAGGCUUUUUUUAAA